UUCCCGCCUUUUCCCUGCCCCGCUCAACGUCAGUCGAAACAGAAUGAUACAAGUACUCCGGCCGUUCGCGAGAAGUCUCUGUUCUUCAUCUCACCUCUUCCUCGCAUUAUCAUCAAGAAUCGAUAGCAGCUCGACAACACGCGCAUUGCUCGCACAUUGAUAUAACGCUAUCGUCGGACACCCGGUCAACUUCACAUACAUACCGCAACAAUGAAGAUUUUCUCAGUAAUCCUGUCUUUCGUACUCCUGGUUGCUGCCCUUCCCUCACGGGAAUUACAAGAGUUCGGUGCCGUAGAAGGCAAUCAGUUGUCGCCAGCUGUAGGUGGCCAGCCUGGCCAGAUGUACUGCUUCAGUCAGAUCAUCACAGAACUUCGUAAGUUCCCAUCACGUUCACGUCGUGCUCAAUCCCCUGAUAGCAAGCGUUUGCCAUCCCAGUCGCCACGCGGUCUUCCUCGUGCCUUCCUCCUACCCACCUCCCUUCGACACAGCACACUGACUAUCUCCAGGUGUCGAUCUACAAACGAUCCUCCAUCAAUACUGCAACCAGCAAUUCCAGAUCGACGCACAGUCUUGCCAUGGAUGCAAGCGACCUUUUGCGCUUCCGAGUUGCUACCCCGGAUAUGGGGCUUGGACCUCCGUUUUUGAGUGUGUCCAGGGCGGGAGGUAUAAUUUCAAGAGUCGGUGCGAUGGGCGGUGUGAGUCAGGGAGAUGUAUCUAGGGUGACUCAAGGAUGUGGUC